AUGAACGGCGCGUGGGUGAUUGUGGUUGCGGUCCUGUGUGUUCAGCAUGCUUUAAUCAGUGUGUGCUUUGCCGAGGUGUUCAUGGUGCAGGACAAGUACGGGGCGCUGCACGUCAACACAACCAACCCGGCCAACGACUCCGUGUCCUUCAACGGCGUUGAUCUGGGGGAGAUGGCAUCAUUGGCGCAACAGCAAAGCAUCGCCAUCCAAGCCCUGGAAGCCAAACUUGAGCAGCAGGAGCGCCUCACCUGCUUCCUUCGUCGCCUGGCAGCGGACACCACUACCAUGGCUGGCGUUGGAACCGGCAACCAGGAUUGGAUGGGCGGCACCCUGGCCAACAACGGGCUCAUCUACGGCACGCCCUUCCGCUCCACGUCCGUGCUCAUCAUUGACCCGAAAACAAACACCGCCGACACCACCACCAUCACCGGCCUGGGCGCAGGCGCCAAGUGGGGUGGGGGUGUGCUUGCAAGCAACGGCUUGGUUUACGGCUUUCCGCACGACGCCACCUCGGUUCUCGUCAUCGACCCUACCACCAACAGCGCAGACACAGCGACGCUCGGGGGGCUGCCGGCCGGUGGCGGCAAGUGGCUGAGCGGCGUGGGCGCGGACAACGGCCUCAUCUACGGCAUCCCGUGGUCCUCUUCAUCCGUGCUGAUUGUUGACCCCGUCGCCAACUCGCUCGACAACACCACCAUCGCCGGGGUUGGAAAUGGCGUGCUUCAGUGGCACGGCGGCGUGCAGGCGCCCAACGGCCUCAUCUACGGCAUCCCCCGCAACGCCGAGGCCGUCCUCAUCAUCGACCCAGCAACCAACACGGCCGACACCACCAGCAUCUCUGGUCUGAUGGGCGUUGACAAGUGGCACGCGGGCCUCCUCGCACCCAGCGGCCUCAUCUACGGCGUGCCCAUGAGCAGCUCGUCGCUGCUCAUCAUUGAUCCCGCCCGCAACAUCGCCGACACCACCUCCAUCACCGGGUUCGCCGGCGGCGGGCAGUGGUUCGAUGGCGUGCUCACGGACACGGGCCUGAUUUUCGGCAUUCCCAACAACGCCGAGGACAUUCUCAUCUUCGACACGGCCACCAACACCACGGACACGACGUCGCUCACCGUCCCGGCCGGCAGCGGCAAGUGGUGGGGCGGCGCAGUCGCCACCAACGGCCUCAUUUACGCAAUGCCUUUCUCGCACCAAAAUGUCCUCAUCAUCGACCCGGGCUGUUAG